AUGAUAUCGAAUUCCCUUCUGCUGUCUCGCUUGUGGCAUCUCCUGCGUGUGGUUGUGGUUCCUGACAAGUGGCUGGAGGAGAUACAGCGCGUGGUACGCCAGUACAUCGUCUCGUUUUGGCCUACUGUGGCUUGGGAUUCUCUCUGCCUUCCUAGGAAGCAUGGAGGUAUUGGUCUGGUUGACAUCAAGAAGCAACAUCUCGCCUUGCAUCUCAUAUAUGUCAAGCGUCUGCUUCGUCCCAGAUCCCCAGCGGAUUUCCUCACUCCCUGGCUGAUGUAUACAUUCCAUGUAUACUCAGGUCAUGCUACUGUGCUGCCUUUGCUGCUAUACCCACGUACCUGCUGGCCGCGUGUGCGGAAAUGCCCUCACUUGGAGCAUCUGGCUCGUCUACUCACUCGUUUGCCUCCCUUGACUCUCACUCCUGAGUGGCCGUCUUGGUGGCUCCUAGAUCUGCCCUGGUUACAAGUAUGCUCCCUGUCUCCCACAGCGACUUUGCCUUUGACUAGGAACAGUGACAAACUGCCACCUCAUGCCUUGAUUGCCAGCCUCUUGAGCGUGCUCCCCAACUCCCACAUCUUGGUUUGCGUGCGUCCCCGUGAUACUGCUGCAUUGCAACAUCUGUUCAAUGCCUUGUGCCCCAUCGAGGGUCCUCCUGUUUGGGUUGUCCCUGCUCCUCUCAGGUCCGUCAUGGCCUUCACCGCUCCAGAGCGAACCGCACUGCUGGAGAGUUCCACUACCCCCUCUCCACCCACGGCUAGCUUUUCGCAUUGGUUCAUCACCACUGGCCCUCGCUCAAAAGCUACAGUGGACAAGAUCACUCUCGGGGCGUUACGCCGUUCCUGGCAUCCGUCAUUUGACAUGUUGCGUCGCCCAGCCCAUCCUCCUGGCUAUCGCCCACCACAUCUCCUGCUUCCUCCUCACCUCUGGCGUGAUUUCUGGUCUCUCUGUCUCCCGCCCAAGGCAUUUACACCGUGGUGGCGUUUGCUGCAUGGACAUCUCUCGGUGCAGGUUCGCCUGCACUCCAUGAACCGUGUGAAGUAUCCUUCCCCACUGUGUAAGAUGUGUCAUGAAGCAACUGAAGAUGAAUACCAUAUGGUCAUUGGCUGCAGUAUGAAGUCCCUCUUCUGGUAUGAGUUUGUCUCUCACCUUGGUCUUGCUGAUCUGUUCCCUACGGACGAGGCCAUCUGGAUUGGGUUGACCACCCUUCACGGCCAGGACAACAAUCCUCUGGACAUUUCCAUCUUGGAACUUCUCGGCGCUGCCUUCUCAUCUAUCUGGCAACAUCAUUGGGGCUGCACAAUUGAUGGUAAAUCUUGGAUCACUCGGGCUGUUUUCUCCUCUUUUCUGGAAGAUCAUUCCAAGUUAAUUUCUUCUUUCUUAGACAUGUAA